UCGCCUUUUAAAAUGUCGGACAGAAUACUUUUCCCUAUUCCCGAGAGAACUUCGUCUUUGAUGUCAGCAACCCGACGUGAGGCCUUGCGCAGUCACCAAGAACGAUCCGUUAGCAAUUCAUCCAGACUAUCGCAGGUUUCGCAAGAGUCAUGCCAGUCCACUACUUCCGAUUUCCUUCAUAUGAAAAUUGCCGCACUUCAAGACGAAAAGGAGUAUAUCGACUGCAUCAAGCAGGGAUUGGAGGAAGGUUCCUCGCUAGGAAUGAUCGAUAAGAGUGUUUUUCAGAAAGAGAUUGAGCCCGUUGUGAAACGAUUCCGAAUGACCUCCAAGACUCUCGAUGUCCUGAAACGGCAACGGAGACUCAUUGAGGCGGAUCUCGAAAUGGAAGUCAAGCGCCAACGAAUCACUGGGCCACCGGAUGAUGGAAUUCUCCAAAGAGCGUAUCGCGACACCAUUAUUCCUCGAGUGAUGGGCGCAGCUGCCAAGACCAGAAAGAGGCCAUUCGACCAAAGAGCGUUUAAAAAGCAGGUCAAUGAGUACUACGGAUUGAAAGAAGCGUGUAUGGGAACUGAAUCCUGGUGUCAUGUCCUCGGUUUCUUUGUCAACAAUGUCAAGGCAGCACAUAUUGUGCCAAAGUCCCUGAGUCAAGAGGAGUUAUACCACAUCUUCGGAGUUGAAGAUGGAGUUCUCAGCGAUCCAAGAAAUGGCUUGACACUAUACAGCGCAGUGGAAUUGCUACUCGACCAAGGAGUGAUAGCAAUCGUUCCAGUCCCCGGCGCAAUGACCGACCCAACAACAUGGCGAUCUGUGGUCUUGAAUGAGGCACACAAUGAGAAUUUCGUCUUUAGGCAACCAUCGGGCGAGAUAACUCGCGUGAAGGAUCUCGACGGCCGAGUCCUCAAAUUCCUAUCCGAUAACCGACCUCGCCGAAGAUACCUAUAUUUCAGGUUUCUGAUUUCCUACCUCCAUGCAAAGAGAAUGGAUCUGGGUGAUACAGCUGAGAAGGUUGAAGCACGGAGGUUUUGGCCAUCCUCAGGAGAAUACCUGAAUAGGUCAACUUUGAGAACGCUCGCAAGAUGUGUAUCGGGCUGUGAAUUACCCGCCCAGUUUGUCGAAAACAAGACGUUUGACGACUCAGACGAGAUUAGUAAUACCAAGGCAGGAAUGAUUCUCGGUGCGGAUAUCAUUGAUAAGGUUGGGACUGAUGACCGGGCUGCCCUGAUCGAGAGCAUGAAGCGGCUUUGA